CAAAGUAGAUUAAUUACAAAUUUCAAAAUUUAAAAUAAAAAACAUGAUUUUCUCUAAAUAAAAUUAUCACUAUUAUUUUAUCUCAAUUAGUCCUACCUAGUUCUUAUCUUCAGCUGAUGAAUCUAUACGUAGAAAAAACGAAAUAUAUAAAACGCUAAACGUUGACAUCAGAACCAAAGAGACCAAUCCUAUAACGACAAUCUUACAUUCACUGGGCCGGCUGUCGUCUGCUUUAUAGCUUCAAUCUCAUCCAACUCAGUCCAAUAUCUCUACUCUCUCUCUCUCACAUCAUCCAUGGCCGACGACAAUCCUCCUCUCUUCGCCAGCAACAUCUCCGUCGUACUCAUUGCCAUUGGCUCCGCCGCCUUCGUCGUCACAAUGUACCAUCUAAUUGCCGUUUGCCUCUGCGGCCACCAAUUCACUGACCCUAACUCGGACCAUCGGCCGCACCGCAAUGUUCACGGAGCCGGACCAACGCCGGAGGCGUCGAGCUUCACAGACGAGAGUUCCUUGGCGCAGCUUAUUCCGGCUCACAAGUACAAGAAGCAGAUAGACGAUGAAGUCGAAGGUGCUCGGGAGGUGACCUGUGCGGUGUGCUUGGGAGAUUUCGAGGAAGGCGAAGAGGUGAGAACGUUGCCAGAGUGCUCGCACUCUUUUCACGUGCCUUGCAUAGAUAUGUGGCUGUUCUCUCACCCGAAUUGUCCCGUCUGCCGCGCCGAUGCCAUGCCAUCUCCGGAGGUUCUAAGCGCUGUGUCGGAGUGUGUUCCCGGCGAAUCGAACGCGCAUGAGCACCGGAUAGAUAUUGUGCAAAAUGCUUUGAUCCAGAGUGUCUUUUUGCGACGGUGAGAUGUCAUCGAUUUUGUGCCCAAACGAACCUUGCUGGCCUCUCGCUCUCACACGCACAUAGAUAGCACAUCAAACAAAAAGAUGAAAAAAAUGCACAUAAUUUUUUUUAAUAUAUGUUAACCUGUUUUGAGAUAAUUUAAUAUUUACUCAAAUAAAAAUGUGCAGUUAGAAUUUUUUGGAUU